CUUUUUGUUGUGAAGGCCCAUUCCCUACAAUGAAAUAAGGAGUAGCCAAAUCACUAAUAAAGAGACAAAUACCUGAAAUCACUCAUCAGUUUCACAUCCAUUCUCAUCGUAGUACGACAAUAAUCCAUUCUCCAUUUCUCAUCGCAACGAUUUGGUGAAGCAGGAAGCAGAGAAGCACCAAAGCUGCAGGAUUAAUUGAUUAAGGUCUGAAACAGGGAAUCACUGAAGUUACGAAGCAUGAUUAAUUAGAUAGGGAAGCACCGAAACAAGAUUAAGAGUUCUGAACCCCUAAUUCUUCCAGAUGUUCAUACUGGGUAUUAUGAGGAUACUCGGGGUUGAGAUUAUGACAUGUUUACCAAAAUUUAGAGGCAAGAAUUUGUGUUUUAGAUUUGGUUAACAAUGGAGGCAACAGUGAAAAAGUUUCAGCAGAAAUUCAAGAGGGUGAAAGAUGACAUGGAUAGAUGGGAGAACCUCCAUGCUCAAUUAGUAUCACAGUUCAGAAAUGCUUCUUCCAUCAUUGGAAGAUUACAGUUGCUCGAAAAUCCCAAAAACUAUGGUUCCCUUAAAAACCUUGAUAACAUUAAAAAUACCAUCUUCACAAAACAGAUGGAAUCCCUGCAGAAGAUCUUGCGUUCAAUGACUAAAACUCUGGAGGAAUUAAAUGGUGUUGUUUUGUCACUUGCAAAAACUGUUGGUGAUGCUAAACAACAAGUGAAAGGUGGUUCUGUUCAGCUUUCAAUGAAACAAUUACAUCACAGAAUUGGUGUAAAACCAAGUAUUUCAGAUUGCUUAGAAGGCCUUCGGAUCCUUCAUGAGAUGUAUCAAUCAGAGUAUGUGCUUAAAUCAUCCGUGACAUCAGCGCUUGCUAGCCUUGCCUUGAACCCAAGUGUUGGUGAUUUACAAAGUCUCGAGCAACUCUUGUUAGAUCAACCGAAUAUCCCGAAAGAAAAAGUGCAAUACAUAUAUGACAUCAUAUUUGCUGAAGAAAUUUGUUGACGAGGGAGAAUGUGAGUGAAAUUAAGGGUUUAGGUGUAGUCGUGUGGUAAAUCUUCUUUAUUUUAGUUUAAAUGUUAGGGCAUUUUAAAGAUAAAAAUCUUUUUCUCUUUAAAAGUCCUUUUCACAAAAGAUCUUAUUGAUUUUUAACUUUUGCCAAAAGAUGUUUUAAAAAUGU